AUGAUGACUCGCAAAGCUACAGCACAAAACACCGAAUUCAAAUUAAGGCAAACAUUAGAUGAACUGAAGCGGUCUAAAGAAACAUGUGAUCAGCUGCUCCGAGAACGUGAGGAGAGUGAAGAAGAAAUAAAGAAAAUUAUUGCAAAAAAUUCACAAUUGAAGAGUGAGCUCGCUGAACUGCACUCUCAACAUGAAGAAGUGCUUUAUCAACGUGAACAACUACACAACACCCUCAGUAGUUGCAGCAAGGAAUUUGAUAGAUAUGAGAGGACUCUGCAACGCAUAGAUGACCUAGAACGAGAACUUCGUGGAGCGAACUGUCAAAUAAAUCAAUAUGCGGAAACUCAACAACUGCAGGACACUCAACAUACUUAA